GGAGACCACCGAGCGGGAGGGGCGGAUAAGCGGGAGAAUCUUCCAGAGAGAUCGCCUCCCGCCUCGCCUCCCAGCUGGAAAACGAAACCGAAAGUUCCGAUAUCUCCCUGGUUGCUUCUGCGCAAGCGCCCCCGAGCCCGUACUUAGACUCACAGGCGGCGGGAGGGCGGGUUGUUCUGCGGAGGAGGAAGAGGAGGAGGAGGAGGCGAAAGUCCCGCGGGGGGAGCGCCGAAAGUUGGGGCGUCUCCCUGAAAGCUGCUUUUCAGCGCGUGUUCCCGGCACAGCUGCGUCCCCGGUUUAGGCUCCGGAGAGGGGGCGCCCGCCCUCCCCGCCUUUGGCCCCACCGACCGGAGUCCCUUCGGAAGGGGCGGCCCUGCUGCCUUCUGAAUGGCCGAAGCAGCUUCGCACGGAAGGCCCAGCGAGGGGGAAACGGAAGUGAAGAGUCCCAUGGCGGCCUCAGGGGAGGAGACGGCCUUGGAGCAGCUGGGCCAGGAGGCCACCUGCCCGCUCUGCCUGGACCUCUUCCAGCAGCCGAUGGUCCUGCCCUGCGGGCACAAUUUCUGCCGUGACUGCCUGGCCCGGUUGGGUGCUGAGGCUUCCUGCCCCCAGUGCAGAGCCAGGGUGGAGCCCGGCAGCGCCUGCCCCAGCCAGGCCCUGGCCAACAUCGUGGGCCUGGUGAAGGGGCUUCGGCUGUUGAGGGGAGCCCAGGAGGGGAGCAGCGGCCCACAGCUGUGCCAGGAACACCAGCAGCCCCUGCAGACCUUCUGCUCCAGCGAGAACCGCCUCCUCUGCGCCAGCUGCCUGGGGGGGCACCAAGGCCACCCCCUCCUCUCCCUGCCUGAAGCUGCCCAGGAGUACAAGGUCUUGCUGGAUGCCCUUCUGGAGCCCCUGAGGAAGGAGGAGCAGCAGCUGCUGGAGCAGAUGCAGGCAGAAGAGCAGAGCCGGCAGGAGUGCCAGGAGGAAUGGGCCACCGAGAAGCAGAAGGUCAUCCUGGCGCUGGGAUCCCUGGUGGAGCUGCUCAAGAAGAGGCAGUCGGUCUGGGUCACCUGGCUGGCCGAGCAGGAGAAGAAGAUGAUGGCUGAAUGGGUGGGCCCUCUGUCCCAGCUCUCCGGAGAGGCCUCCCACCUGCAGCAGCUGAUUGUCCAGACGGAAAGGAAGUGCCGCCAGCCGGACGGGGAAUUCCUGCAGGACAUUCAGGACACCGUGGACAGGUGCCGGAGUUACGUGGUGGGGCACGUAGAGAACGCCUCCCCCAGCCUGCAAGGCAGACUCAGGACCAUCUUGGGGAAUAACACUUCUGUAAGACAGGUUGUGGACAAUUACAAAGCCUCUCUGGAGACGACUCUGACCAGGAAGAAGCUGCAGCGACCUCUGGCCGUGGUACCUGUUCCACAAUAUAUACAAGGUCCAGCAGCGCCUAAAGCCUGCCUAAGAGCUUCUCUCUCUUCUUCAGUCUACGUCACACUGGACAGUUCGACUGCCCACCCGCGGCUCUGCUGCCAGGGAACCACUCUCACUUUGGCCAACCAAAACCAGAAUCUCCUGGAUCUGCCAGGGAGGUUCGACCAGGAAUUGUGUGUGUUGGGCUGCGGGGGAUUCAACACGUGGUGGUACUGUUGGGAAGUGUUUGUGAAGGAGGCAGGCAACACCCCAGUGGGUGGCAGAGCAGUCUGGGCCGUUGGGGUGGCCAUAGAGUCUGUACGCAGGAAGGGGAGCUUCCAGCUGAGCCCCCAGGAGGGAAUCUGGGCCGUGGGGAAGAGUGUGGAGGGGCAGAUGGUCGCUUUCUCCAAGGUUCAUGAGAAGCUCAGCUUGCAAACGCCGCUGACGAAGCUGCGGGUGCAGCUGGACUACAGGGCAGAAGAAGUGGCGUUCCUGGAUGCGCAGACUGGGGCUCCCCUCUACACCUUCCGGACGGGGCCCUUCCUUGGGGAGAGGGCCUACCCUUUUUUCUACCUGGGCCAGCAGGGGGUCACCCUUCAGUGUGAGGUAGUACGUUAAAGGUAGAGAUGGCUGGUGGGCACUCCUACUCUGCAGCAGUCCACAUUAAGGCACCACCUCCCCGAUUCCUGCUUGUUAAGGGGGAAACAUGUUAAAAGUGCUCUUCCUCAGAUCCUGCACAAUCCUCCUUGUCCGAUUGUGGUACCUGGAAGCAGGGACAGAGGGAUUGUAGAGGGGGUCACUUAGCUCAGCCCCACUUCCUGGUGCCUUCCGAGGAUGCAUCUGGCAAGAGGACCAGAUAUCCGUUGUCCUCCGGUACGAGGUCCUUCCCACCCUCCCGUUCUACCCUGCUAGUGUUUCUUGGUGGUCUCCCUUCUCCGUACCAUGUCCAACUCUAUAUAAUUUUGCCAUGAUCGUGCAGACUAUUUGGGAGCUGCCAAGUGGUUCUGAGCCACCAAUUGCUGGGAGCCCCUCCCCCCAUUUAUCCCACCACGUGGGGAAGACGCAGCGAUGCUCCUGGCCCCUCUGAGCCCCCCUUUGAAGUGCCCCUUGCUCGGGCAAAACCCUUGAUGCCUCCUGGUGCUAGGUGUAGCAAUCUUGUUGUGCGUUAACACAGUGUUUCUCAACUAUGGAAGAUGGGUGGAUUCCCAGAGUUCCAGAAUUUAGGUAUUGGAAGUCCACACGUCUUCCAAGUGCCACGGUUGAGAAUCCCUGCCUUAUUGUGGCUUGCAGUGUAGAUCAUAGUUAGAUGUUUAAAGGACCUUUUGAUUAAUAAAAAGCAUAUCUUAAUAUCUGCAUGUUAUUCUACACCAGGGGUCUUCGAACUUGGCCCUUUGAUGGGAGUUGAAGUCCACAAGUCAUAAAAGGGCCACGUUUGAAGACCCCUGUUCUACGUUUAUGUUAUUCUAAAUUUUACUCCAAUGUUACUCCAUUGUUACUCCCAAGUUUCGUAUUAAAGCAAUAUGUUUAUCUUUUA